AUGGAGCCAUCAUCGUCUUCCUCCCGCCGCAGCAGACCUCGCGGUUCCGAUUCUCCCUCUCCCACGAUACGACGUCUACUGUGUCUCCUUCUACUCUUUGUUCUUCAGACCUGCAUCCGCCCGGCCCCGGCGGUAUCAGCAGCGGCAGCCUCGCCGUCGCCGUACCUGGUGGGCGUAGGGAGCUACGACAUAACGGGGCCCGCGGCGGACGUCAACAUGAUGGGGUACGCGAACGCCGAGCAGGUCGCGUCAGGAAUCCACUUCAGGCUCAAGGCGCGCGCGUUUAUCGUCGCUGAGCCUGAGCCUGGUGGGACUGGGAAGCGCGCCGUCUUCGUCAAUCUUGAUGCCUGCAUGGCGUCGCAGCUCGUCACUAUCAAGGUGCUCGAAAGGCUGAAAGCAAGGUACGGUGACCUUUAUAAUGAGAAGAAUGUGGCUAUUAGCGGAAUCCACACUCAUGCUGGGCCAGGAGGCUAUCUGCAGUAUGUAGUUUAUAUUGUCACAUCUCUCGGGUUUGUUCGCCAAUCAUUUGAUGUGAUCGUCAACGGCAUUGAGCAGAGUAUUGUUCAAGCUCACAGUAACCUCCGUCCUGGUAAAAUAUAUGUAAACAAAGGUGAACUCCUUGAUGCUGGUGUGAACCGCAGCCCGAGCGCAUACCUAAAUAACCCAGCUGAUGAGAGAAGCAAAUAUCAGUACAAUGUCGAUAAAGAAAUGACACUUAUUAAGUUUGUAGAUGGUGAAAUUGGUCCAAUUGGGAGUUUCAAUUGGUUUGCAACCCAUGGGACAUCAAUGAGCCGUACAAAUUCUUUGAUUAGCGGCGAUAACAAAGGUGCAGCUGCACGUUUCAUGGAAGAUUGGGCAGAGCAGAACGUUAUUCCAAAGCAGGCAGUUCAUGUGAGUUCUGGGCAUCCGCGAAGAGUCUCCGCACUAAUUCCUGAACCAAAUGAGAUAACUGAUGACGACCUAAUACGAUUGGCAUCAUCCUACAAGGCCUCAGGUGGUAGGCAAAUAUCAGGUUCAAGUAUCGCCACGCGCAUUCGAAGCACUGAACAAAACAAGCUCAAAUUUGUUUUUGCAUUCUGCCAGUCAAACUGUGGAGAUGUUAGUCCAAAUGUCUUGGGAGCAUUUUGUACAGACACCAACCGUCCUUGUGACUUCAAUCACAGUACAUGUAAUGGGCAGAAUGAAUUAUGCUACGGACGAGGCCCAGGAUAUCCUGAUGAAUUUGAAAGUACUCGUAUAAUUGGCAAUAGGCAAUUCCUCAAGGCUGUCGAUCUUUUCAAUUCAGCUUCUGAAGAAAUACAGGGCAGAGUUGAUUACAGGCAUACCUACCUAGAUUUCUCGCAACUCGAAGUGAAUGUUUCUGCAACUACAGGAGGUCAGCAUCCGACGGUGAAAACAUGCCCAGCAGCCAUGGGGUUUGCCUUUGCUGCUGGAACCACAGAUGGCCCUGGAGCUUUUGAUUUUAAACAAGGAGAUGUCAAGGGAAACCCAUUCUGGUGGUUAGUACGAGAUGUAAUUAGGCCACCCGGCCCAGAGCAAGUGAAAUGUCAGGCUCCGAAACCUAUACUGCUAGAUACCGGUGAAAUGAAGGUUCCAUAUGAUUGGGCACCUGCGAUACUUCCAAUUCAGAUCAUAAGAAUCGGUCAGCUAGUUAUCUUGUGUGUCCCUGGAGAGUUCACAACAAUGGCUGGGAGGCGGCUACGUGAUGCUGUCAGAAAUGUGCUAACAAACAGUGGUCAGUUUGAUAACAAUGUUCAUGUUGUUCUCGCGGGGCUAACAAACACCUACUCUCAAUAUGUCACAACUUUUGAAGAAUAUCAGAUUCAAAGAUACGAGGGAGCAUCCACGCUGUAUGGUCCUCACACCUUGAGCGCCUACAUUCAAGAAUUCCAAAAACUUGCUACAGCCAUGGUUACAAACAAGGAGGUCCCAACAAAUCUGCAGCCUCCUGAUCUACUAAACCGACAAAUUGGUCUGCUCCCAGGUGUCAUAGUCGACGAGACACCUCCCGGCGUCACGUUUGGAGAUGUCAGGUCGGAUGUCCCUGCGAACUCAACCUUCAGGAAGGGCAGCGUUGUGAACGCUACAUUCUACUCGGCCUGCCCAAGGAAUGACCUCCUCACCGACGGUACCUUCGCACUCGUUGAGAAGCUGGAUGGCGGCAGCGAUUGGGUUCCUGUCUAUGAUGACGACGAUUGGUCGCUGCGCUUCAAGUGGUCAAGGCCUUUGCCGGUGAGUCCAAUGAGUUUUGCAACGCUAGAGUGGACAGUUCCAGAAGAUGCCCCAUCCGGUGUUUACAGAUUGAGACAUUUUGGUGCCUCUAAGACCUUGAUUGGGUCCAUCAACUAUUUUACAGGCACCUCUAGUGCAUUUGUAGCACGUUAA